AUGGUGUCAAAAAGAAGUAUACCUUCAAGGCACCAUUCUCUCAGCACCUAUGAGGUCCUGUUUGCAGCUCUCUUUGCCUUACUGGUGGCACUCUGUGCUGGAUUAUUUGCAGUGUCCUGGCUGGCUAUCGAGGGAUCAGAAAGAGACUUACAAAAGAUUGCAAAAAUUGUAGGUUCUUAUAUAACGUUCGCCUACCUUCACCUAAUAAAUGGCAGCAUUAUAGUUAUAUUUGACCUUUUCUUUGCCCAGUGGGUGUCAGAUGAAAAUGUAAAAGAAGAACUGAUUCAAGGCAUUGAAGCAAAUAAAUCCAGCCAACUGGUCACUUUCCAUAUUGAUUUAAACAGCAUUGAUAUCACAGGCAAGCUAACAACCGGCCGUCCUCUGGCAACUCCAGGAAAUGUCUCAAUAGAAUGCCUGCCUGGUUCUAGUCCUUGUGCUGAUGCUCUAAAGUGCAUAGCAACUGAUUUAUUUUGUGAUGGAGAAAUUAACUGUCCAGAUGGCUCUGAUGAAGACAAUGACACUUGUGCCACAGCUUGUGAUGGCAGGUUUUUGUUGACUGGAACUUCUGGGUCCUUCCAGGCUGUUCAUUACCCAAAGCCUUCUAAAUCAAGUGUUGUUUGCCAGUGGAUUAUACGUGUAAAUCAAGGACUCUCCAUUAAACUGAGCUUCGAUGACUUUAAUACAUAUUAUACAGAUGUAUUAAAUAUUUAUGAAGGUGUGGGUACAAACAAGAUUUUAAGAGCUUCUCUCUGGGAAACCAAUCCUGGCACAAUUAGGGUCUUUUCCAACCAGGUUACUGCCACCUUCCUUAUAGAAUCUGAUGAAAAUGAUUAUAUUGGAUUUACUGUGACAUAUACUGCAUUUAAUAGCACAGAGCUUAAUAAUUAUGAGAAAAUUAACUGUGAUUUUGAAGAUGGCUUUUGUUUCUGGGUCCAGGAUCUAAAUGAUGAUAACGAAUGGGAAAGGAUACAGGGAAACACCUUUCCUCCUUUUACUGGACCAAAUUUCGACCAUACUUUUGGCAAUUAUUCAGGAUUUUACAUUUCCACCCCAACUGGACCGGGAGGGAGACGAGAAAGAGUAGGGCUCUUAAGUCUCCCUUUAGACCCCACUUUGGAACCAGUCUGCCUCAGUUUCUGGUAUUAUAUGUAUGGUGAAAAUGUCUAUAAAUUAAGCAUUAAUAUCAGCAGUAACCAAAACAUGGAGAAGACAGUUUUCCAAAAGGAAGGAAAUUAUGGAGAAAAUUGGAAUUAUGGACAAGUAACAUUAAACGAAACAGUGGAAUUUAAGGUUGCUUUUAAUGCUUUUAAAAACCAGUUCCUGAGUGAUAUAGCUUUGGAUGACAUUAGCCUAACAUAUGGGAUUUGCAAUGUGAGUCUUUAUCCAGAACCAACUUUGGUCCCAACUCCUCCACCAGAACUUCCUACGGACUGUGGAGGACCUUUUGAACUCUGGGAGCCAAAUACAACAUUCACUUCCAUGAACUUUCCAAACAGCUACCCUAAUAAGGCUUUUUGUAUUUGGAAUUUAAAUGCACAACAGGGAAAGAAUAUACAACUUCAUUUUCAAGAAUUUGACUUAGAAAAUAUUGCAGACGUAGUGGAAAUCAGAGAUGGUAGAGGAGAUGAUUCUUUGCUCUUAGCUGUGUACACAGGGCCUGGUCCAGUAAAGGAUGUGUUCUCAACCACCAGUAGAAUGACUGUGCUUUUCAUCACUGACGAUCUGUUGGCAAAAGGGGGAUUUAAAGCAAACUUCACUACUGGCUACUACCUGGGGAUUCCAGAGCCCUGCAAGGAAGACCAUUUUCAGUGUAAGAAUGGAGAAUGUAUUCCACUGGUGAAUCUCUGUGACGGUCAUCUACACUGUAAGGAUGGCUCAGAUGAAGCACAUUGCGUGCGUCUUUUCAAUGGCACCAGGAACAACAAUGGUUUGGUGCAGUUCAGAAUCCUGAGCACAUGGCAUGAAGCUUGUGCUGACAACUGGACCACACAGAUUUCAAAUGAUGUCUGUCAGUUGCUGGGAUUAGGGAGUGGAAACUCAUCGAUGCCAAUCUUCUCUACUGGAAGUGGACCAUUUGUAAAAUUAAACACAGCCCCUAAUGGUAGCUUAAUACUAACACCAAGUAAACAGUGUUUACAGGAUUCACUGAUUCUGUUACAAUGUAAUCAAAAACCAUGUGGGAAAAAACUAGUGACUCCACGAGUCAGCCCAAAGAUUGUUGGAGGAAAUAAUGCCAAAGAAGGAGCCUGGCCCUGGGUUGUCGCCCUUUAUUACAACGGCCAACUGCUCUGUGGUGCAUCUCUUGUCAGCAACGACUGGCUGGUGUCGGCCGCCCACUGUGUGUAUGGGAGAAAUGUAGAGCCAUCAAAGUGGAAAGCAAUCCUAGGACUGCAGAUGACAUCGAAUCUGACUUCUCCUCACAUAGUAACUCGGUUGAUAGAUCAAAUUGUCAUAAACCCACAUUACAAUAAACGAAUAAAGGACAGUGACAUCGCCAUGAUGCAUCUGGAUUUUAAAGUGAACUACACAGAUUAUAUACAACCUAUUUGUUUAGUGGAAGAAAAUCACGUUUUUCCUCCAGGAAGAAUUUGUUCCAUUGCUGGCUGGGGGAGGCUUAUACAUCAAGGUCCUACUGCAAACAUAUUACAAGAAGCUAAUGUUCCUCUUCUAUCAAACGAGAAAUGCCAGCAACAGAUGCCAGAAUAUAACAUUACAGAAAAUAUGGUAUGUGCAGGCUACGAAGAAGGAGGAAUAGAUUCUUGUCAGGGGGAUUCAGGAGGACCAUUGAUGUGCCAAGAAAACAACAGGUGGUUCCUGGCUGGUGUGACAUCAUUUGGAUACCAAUGCGCACGGCCUAAUCGUCCAGGGGUCUAUGCCCUGGCCCUGAGGUUCACAGAAUGGAUACAAAGUUUUCUGCAGUAGAAUGUUUCCUAAACCAACAUGAAAGCCAUGUGGUUUUCCCAUUCCACUCUAAAAAGCAUGGGAAUUGAGAGUUUGACAAAAAAGAUUUCUAAAAGGCUUUAUUCUUACCUAAGCCAUCGAAAUGCUGAGGAUUAAGGGUGAAGACAAAAAAAUAAUCUGUACCGUACAAAGUAACUUUUUCAUUGUGAACAGUUAAUCUUUCACAGAGAUUUUACAGUCUUUCCUUUGUGAUCAUUAUCUUUAUCAUACUCUUCUUAUUUAAAGGAAUGCUAUGUUAAAGCAUAUACUGCAUUCUUAAAGUUUUGGCAAAAUUAAGAAAAGAAGUAAAAUAAACUAUUUUGCACAGUAUGUUAUUUUUUGAAGUAAACUGCUGUAAAUUAUCUAGUUCCACCUUGCUAUUUUCAGAAUCUCAGUAGUCUUCCUGAUUUUCUAUCUAAAUGCAUUUCCAAUUUCCAAUUCAUCUUGAGCAUAUCCUUAAUAUUUUCCCCACUCAUAACAAAUAUGUACUUUAGGCUCAUGUCACAAACCUGGACUAAAUUGAUUACACCUUCCUCUCAAGAUAAUUAAACAGCAAACAAGUGCAAGUCUACAGAUCACCCCUGUAUCGAAAUAGAAAGGAAAUUAAAUGAUAUUUCCAUUCUUUUAUUGGAUCAUUUUUUACCUGCAUUAAUCGCACCGUCCAUUUAUUUUAAGCUAAUAUUUUUUUAAGUUUCCAAAAAGUAAUCAGACAUAUCCAAAAAAUGCAACUAUUACAAAUGUUUUUUUUUCUGGUCUAUGUGUCUUACAGUGGAUGUUUUUAACAUGUGCAAAACUUACUUAGACACAGCUGAAUCACCCAUUAGAAGGCCAAAAAUGUGGAAUAAAUGAAUUUGCUUCA